AUGAUUGAUUCCCCGCGGAAUUUGAGAGUGUUUUCUCUUUAUUAUAUGUUAAUAUCUAUAAAUUUUUUUGUUAUCGCGGGUUGCUUUAUUGUAAUGGGAAGUCAGUUGUUUUUAGUUGAUCCUGCUUCUCCGCAUAUGGUCCGACUGCCUCCUCAGCAACAGGGGGGUGGCAGGCGGGCAAGUGCGGCGCGUGUUUCCAAUGCAUCGGCGCCGUUGCAGCCGCCGGUUGUUGCUGCAGCGCAGGUGGCGGCUCCCGCAUCGUCGGAGGCGUCUGUCGUUUACUGGCAGUUGCUUGGGGCGUCCGCUUCACUCCACCAGGGACCGCUCGGCGACGUGGUCGGCGUGGUGCCGUGUGGUACUGUUAUCCGCGAGGUCCGGCGGUAUAUGGAUCCAUUCGGCAGUUGGUGGGUUGCGCUGAAGGCGAAUGACGGAGAUAUCCUCUGGGCACUUUUAUCAACGGAGAGGGAGACGGAAAUUAGCGAAGAGCAUGCGAGAUGGCAGAAAGUGUAUAAUGAGCGUUUGCUUCCCCAGGGGUUCUCUGAGACGGACCGACAGGAGGAGGCGCGUGUGCUGCGCCGUGCUGUGAUCCCGCUGGAGAUGAACUCAAAGGCCGCUCCAUCAAAAGACGUUGCCGUACACGAUGUGCGGGUCUUUGAGGAGUGUUGGCACAAUUUUUCUGCCGUGACCAACAGAGGACGGGACUGGAAUGCGGAGUAUCAACGGCUUGUGGAGUUGGUCCUCUUUGAAAAGUGGGAGAAGAGUGUUUCCGCCAGUGAAGAGCUACAAAGAUUUAUGAGACAAUUUUUGACGGCGGCCGAGGAGGCGGCGCUCAGCGUCAUUGCAGACAUGUUGCGUCCCUCAUCAGAUCGUGUGGCGAAGGGACCGAUAGUCGGCAGUGUAGGGUCGUUUCUUUAUAAUAAUCUUCUCGUGAAGCUUGCAAUUGAUGAUGGUAGUGGAAACACAAGGGGAGACACACAUGCGUGGCGACAGGCGUCACAAACCCUGCAGGCAAUGCGUCUUAUUGCAUUGGAAGGUCCAAGGCGGCUUCUUUACUCUCCUCCAAGUGCUCUUAUCACCUUCACAGGGUUUCGCUGCUGUGUGAUGGCUAUUCCUCCCGUUGAGGUGAAAAAUAUUGUGCACCUCUCACUGGAGGAGCGGGGAAGCACUCUGGACGCACCGGAGUUUGUCCGAUCCCAACUGAUGGACUUGGGCCAGGCGCUUAAUUUGAAGCAACACCAUCUAAGGUCAGCCACGGGAGAUGUGGUUACACUGACAACGCCUCUCGGUAUGGCUGUUGUGGCGGGCCAUGACAAAAGAUUGUAUUUGAUAAACACAUCGCGUCUCAUUCCGGCAUGUGUUUUUGUUACAAUUACUGAAGCCGACGCCGACGAAGCGGUGAUGCUGCGUUUUCGGCCCGAAUUUCUUCUUUCAUAUGGAAAACCUUUGAGCUCUGACUCUUUUGUGAAGGACGCGGCAACACCAGAAGAUAACGCUGAUGUGGUGGAAGCAACAGAGUGGAUCCGGGAUGAGGUGAUUCCUGCCGUUGCGGCGAUGAUUGGCUUUCUUCGGGCAGUUGAUGUCCCUCGGCAAGAUCCAGUGGAGUGUAGGCUGUGCUCUCACAAAAUGGAGAAUGAGCUACGAUUUGUGGUGUGCCAUAGUAUAGAAAUGUGCUGUUGUAUUUGUUCCCACUGCUACACGCAGCGCUUGUCGGAGGAUAAGAAGGACAACCUUCUCUUCUGUGAUGCCGUGAAGUGCGAUACCGCGGUACGGAGUCCGAAAGGACUUUUGAUCGAACCGCCCAUUAACUCCAUCUUUCACGCAAAUGGACUUAACAUGCGUUUCCUUCCAUUUGUUUAUUACCGCCUUCCGCAUGUUUCUCGUUUUGCCGUGGCACAUUACUUGGAGAUUGAAAUGAUUGCACGGACUGCAGUGCGUCUUCUUCGGGACAAACUCCGUCGCACCGCGCAGAGUGUGGAUGAGGUGAAGAUUGUCUGCCAGGAAUUUCUCCUGGGGCUGCUGCAGUCUUCAGGCGCCAAGGCAAAGCAUUUUUGGGCACAUGAGUUGGGCCCCGCGUUGGAGAGUUUAUAUGGCGUGCAGAUGCCGUUUGACACGUCGGAGAUAGAUGUCGAGCUGCUCUACCACCGUGUGGCGCAACUCUCCGGCGUUCAUCUUCACAUGGCGAGCGUUGCCUCCCUUCACACGGAGAAACCUUAUCUUCAGCUUGCAGAAGUGAGGCCGCUGAUCAAAGCAAUACAUCCUCCACUUUUGGUUGACGAAGCCUCACAUGAGAAGAGACGGGCUGCAUUGCUGCAGUGCCUUGAAGGCAUUCUUCUUUUUUGGAUUGGCUUCUCUGCAAAUGGCAACGACGAUGGCGAUGUUGAUUCCGCACAACCGUUUUACAUGACGGAGAGGGAGAGUUGGAUGUAA